AUGGCCGAUACAGCACCUGCUCCGACAGCCGCGCCCGCGACUACCGGCGCCGCGGCGCCAGACGCAACGGCCACAGCUUCGAAUGCGCCUGCAGACCAGAAUGCCACGAAUCGCGGAUUACCAUAUUACGAGAAAUUGCGGCGCGAGCUCAGAGAUACAUUGCAGAAGAAGCGGUUAAUGGAUAAGAGCAUGGCCCAACUCGAAGACCAAAUCUUCCGCUUCGAACAAUCCUACCUCGAAGAAACAACCGCCGGAAACAUCAUCAGAGGUUUCGACAAUUACAUCAAAGGCUCAGCGAGCGGGUCGAGUCUCGGCGCCGCGGGUCUGGGUCUAGGCGGUAGCAUGGCUGGGAGACGGAAAGCCCAGGUGGCGGACACAGACCGUGUUUUCUCACGGAGUUCGGCGAGUUACAGGCUGGACUCGCCUGGUCCCUCGUCUGUACAAACUACGCCUUCGCAUGCGGCAACGCCGACGUCCACGACUGGUGGAAACGGUAUGUCGAUGAAGGGUGUGGAUCCGUUGUCCGGUUCUGUUGGGAUGAAGGGCUCGAAUGGCGCGGCGAAAAAUAAGAAGAAGGCGACGGGUGGGUCGAAGAAUACGAAGGGCAAGAAUCAGACUGAGGAUCUUUCGGAUGAGGAUAAACCUUCGGUUAAGCGGUUGAAGAUUAGCUAUGGGAGGGAUUAA